AUGGCUGACGGACGAGAACCACCCCCGUUUGAGGAGGAGGAUAGUCAAAAAGAUGAAGACGAUUUAUUUACAGAAGCUAGUGAGGGGCGAACACCUGACACUGAACCAGAAAAGGCAGAAUCGGAAGUUAUCGAAAACACUCGCAAACCAGUAAAACCUGAUAUUGAUGCAGAGGAUCUAUUUGGAGAUGAUGAUGAUGAUGGUGAUGAGAUUAAGUUAGACUCGGAUGGUGAAAAUGAUACUAAAGAAACCACAGGGAAAUCACCAUUUUUGGAGCCUUUUGAACCAACUCCUGCCAGUGCUCCUGCCCAGACUGAGGUUGUGUCCUCAGAUGAAGAGAAGCCAAGUACAGACAUGCCCAAAUUAACAGUUACCCAAACAGUCACUUCAACAUCCAAAGCAUCUAGUGCUACAAAAACUACAAAGGAAGAGGUUGAAGAUAACCAGUACUCUCUCGUGAUAAAAGUCACAGAACCACAGAAGAUGGGAGAUGGUAUGAGUGCUUACAUGGUUUACAAGGUGAUCACUAAGACCAGCAUUCCAGAAUUCCGUAAACCUGAAAUGGCAGUGUUCAGGCGGUUCAGUGAUUUUCUUGGCCUUCAUGAGAAACUUCAAACUCGAUACCUUCACCAAGGCCGAAUUGUACCACCAGCUCCAGAGAAAAGUGUGAUAGGUAUGACAAAGAUUAAAAUGUCGAAGGAAGAGUCGGGAUCAUCAGAUUUUGUGGAGCGACGACGACUUACAUUAGAAAGGUUCCUGAUGAGAACAGCUCAGCACCCAGUGCUUCGUAAGGAUUCCGACUUCCGAGAAUUCUUAGAGCGUGAAGGAGAACUUCCAAGAGCUACAAAUACAUCAGCUCUCAGUAGUGCUGGAAUGAAGCGUCUCUUCCACAAGGUUGGGGAUGCUGUUGACAAAAUAUCCUACAAAAUGGAGGAAGCAGAUGAGUGGUUUGAAGAGAAACAACAACAAGUUGAAUGUCUGGACACCCAGUUAAGAAAAUUACAUUCCAGUAUGGAGUCAGUGGUUGGUCACCGAAAAGAGUUGAGUAACAAUACUGCUGCAUUUGCUAAGAGUGCUGCCAUGUUAGGAAACGCAGAGGAGCACACCGCCCUGUCUCGUGCCUUGUCCCAGCUAGCUGAUACAGAGGAGAGGAUUGAACAGAUCCAAAGGGAGCAAGCGGACCAUGACUUCUAUGUCAUGGCUGAACUACUCAAGGACUACAUUGCCUUGUUAGGGGCUGUCAAGGAGGUGUUCCAUGAGCGUGUAAAAUCUUACAAAAACUGGAAGGAAGCAGAAGCAACAUUGACAAAGAAACGGGAAAACAAAGCAAAGUUAGAGCUAGCCAAUAAAACUGACAAAAUCUCCCAGGCCAAGCAGGAGAUUUCCGAGUGGGAACUGAAGGUUGAGAGAGGGAAGGAUGAUUUUGAAAAGAUGUCAGCAAUGAUACGGAAGGAGGUUGCUCGGUUUGAUAAGAAACGCGUGGAAGAUUUCAAAUCUAGCAUCAUCAAAUAUUUAGAGUAUUUAAUGGAAAACCAGCAACGAGUGAUUAAGUGUUGGGAGGCCUUCUUACCAGAGGCCAAGGCUGUGGCAUGAUGUGUGGCCAUUAAGUUGUCAUGGGGACAAACUUUCUUCAGAAUGAUAAACCUGAGAUUAGAUGAAGCUGGCGAGACUCCUGUGUUACAAUUAUUGUGGCUGGUGUUUUAUGGAGAGGUGUUCAUUGUUUCUCACGCUAUAUGAACUUUUUAGUGCUACAUAAAAUGUGCAAUGUACUUAUGGCACCUGUCCAACCCAAAGGGCUGAAAUUGUACUGUUGUUUCAACAUCAAAUACUUCAUCAGGUAUAUAGGUUACACAAAGGGCUGAAAUUGUAUUAUUGUUUCAACAUCAAAUACUUGAUCUACAUACACAAAAAGCUGAAAUCUUAUUCAACUUCAAGUACUUUUAAGCAGGAAUUUUCAGAAAAAAUAACUUUGGAUAAAAAAAGACAAUAUGAAUCCACCAAUUCCAUAUAAGCUGUUCAUUGGUUAUAUGCCAUCUUUCAUUUUAUCCCCCUCCUUGAUACUCCAUGGGUUACAGUCAUCUUCUCUCUACAUCCCUGGAAAAUCUCAUUGCAAAAUUGAAGGCACAAGCAAAGUAAUUCCAGCAGAAAAAGACUGACCAAUCACAGACUGAUAUGCUCCGUUUAAGGAUCACCCAACUUUAAAGUCAUUACAAUAUACCGUUAUGUGACCUAAGAUUUGUUUGAUAUACAUCAGAGAAUCAAACUGUUCUUCUCGUCUUGUCCACAAGGUGUCACUUAUAGAACCUUCAAUUUUACCAUGAAAUAUUCCAGAGGUGCAGAGAGUGAAAGCCAUUGUAACCCCUGAAGUAUAGAGGAUGGUUCCAGGGGUGCAGAGCGCAAAACAGGUUGUAACCCCUGAAGUAUAGAGGAUGGUUCCAGGGGGGCAGAGGGCGAAAAAGGUUGUAACCCAGAAGUAUCAAGGAUGUUUACUCCCAUGAUUAACACCUUGGAUUACAGAAGCACGUAGUUAUAGGGACAAAGUCAAAGUCUUUUUCAUAGUCCAAGUCCUCAUUAUUUAAGACCUUUUAAGACAUAAUCCUGUUAGUGUUCAUAUUGUGUUGGUACUGGUGAGUUUACCUGGGAUAAGUUGAGAAAUGUUGAAACUUUUUAUUGUCAAAUACAUACGUCCUUGUUUGACUUACAUACCAAACAUUUGAAUUUUGUGUCCUAUUUGAUCUAGCUUGUAUCUUGUUAAUGAUUAAAGCAGCAACAGAGUUUAAUGAGGACAGAAGAGAAUUGUUGAUGGUUUGUAAACCUUAACUUAUUGGUAAUUGAAAAAAAUAGCCAUAUGUUAUCACAACAAAAUUCAGGGAACUAAAUUAUACACACGGAUGAUUUUAUUUAUGUCUAGAUACUUUUGGCUCGUUUGUUAAUUUCAAAUGCUUAAAGGGAUGAAGUUGUAAAUUGAGGAAAUAUCCAGCAAAAUGAUGUAAAUUAUUUCAUUAUAUAUAACAACAUUGAAAAACAAUAAAACUAAAAAAAGGUAAAUAUCUUUUUAUUUUAUUUCCUUGCCCAGAUACUUGACAUUUAAUCCUUUUUUUGUGAUCAAGAUGUGUGUUCCCUCCAAAUGAUUUGAAUUUAAAAUGAGUAAUUUUUUUAAAACAAUCAAAAUCAUGGAGCAGGUGUUUUUAGGGGCCAAUUUGUGUGUAUUAUAAUAUAUAAAUCCAUGUACCUGCUGAAGAGCUCCAUGAGGUAGUAUUGGAGGACAGCCCAGGUCUGUGCUGCUACAUAUAACUUAAUUUUCUUCAACAUUUUCUGCCUUGUGCAACAUUUUUCUUUUUUUUUUUUCAGUUCAUACUUAUGUUGUAUAAUUCAGCCUAGGUGAGGUGGAACAGUUUAUGCUAAUAUUGUGUAAAUGUCCAUCUGAACUUUAAUUGUUUAUGCUAAUAUUUUGUAUCUAUCUAGCCCAUAUGAGCGGCAGUGGUUAAUGAUAUAGUGUUAAUUAUUUGUAAGUGUAUCAUAUUUUAAAAUGGAAAAUUUCAAUGAAAGAGGAAUCAAAUUAAAUAUAUAUAUCUAAAGAA